UAGACCGGAGAGUGUGAAAGAGUGGAGAGGCUGAGAGACUGAGAUAGACCCAGAGAGUGGUGGCAGCUUGGAAACUGAACCCCUGAACGUGUAGAGCGACCUCCACGAGUCAGGGCUCCAGGCUGCCUCAGACCUCCAUUAGUCGGGCUCCAGGCUGCCUCAGACCUCCCCGAGUCUUGGCUCACGGCUGCCUCAGACCUCCACUAUAGUCUGACUACAGGCUGCAUCAGACCUCACACCGACCGACCGGUUGUAGAGCGACCUCCACGAGGCUCAAGGCUUCCUCGGAUCUCACACCGACUGACCGGGUGUAGAGCGACUUCCAGACUAACCAGAGACAACUUCAGUGAUCACCUUAACACCCGGGCGAUAUAUCACAGAGACGGACUGACAUUAACAUCGGCGGAACGUGUUUCCUGUACCCAUGCUGCUCUUGUUGGCCGCUGGGGUCUGACACAAACUUGCGUGAGUGUCGAGUUGAGAAACACAGGAAGGAGCCAUGAAACGGAUGUGCCCCCGUGAAGCAUGCGUUCAGCACGUCUCCUCCGGCUCCCGGUGCUACUGUCGGUAGUCUGACAGGGUAGCCGAGGCGUAACUGGGGAGCUGCCGUUUUCUUCCAUCCGUCUGGAUCCAAACCUUCACCUGGAUCCAAACCUUCAUCUGCCUUAGUUUUGUGACCGUCACGGCUUCGGGAGAAUCUGUGUACUCUGUGAGAAACUAUGGGGACCCAGGGCGCAGGAAGGAAGAGAAACCCGAACAAGGAGAGGUCGACGGCGGAGGAUGACGCCCUCAACCUCAUAGCCAGAGAGGCUGAGGCCCGGCUAGCAGCUAAGAGAGCAGCCAGGGCCGAGGCCAGAGAGAUCCGCAUGAAGGAGCUGGAGCGACAGCAGAAGGAGAUCUUUCAGGUCCAGAAGAAAUAUUAUGGGCUGGAUACCAAAUCAGAAGACAGAGGGGACACCAAGUGGGGAAACAUUGAACAAUGGAUGGAGGACAGUGAGCGCUACUCACGCCCGUCACGGACCACCACGCUUUCAGAUGAAGAUGAACGGAUGUCCGUGGGGAGCCUGAGCAGCGUCAGGAGCUCCUCCUUGCACUCGCACAAGAAGUCAAAGAAAAAGAAGAAGCACAAGCACAAAGACAGAGAUGACAACGGCUGUGAUGACGGUUACAGUGUGAUAUCCAGCCGGAGCUCCAAGCUCAGCGACGAGAGCAGAACCUCUCGCUCUUCCAGGCUUGACCUUACGAGCUCCCGAUUGAGUGAGGACAGCCGGCUCUCACGGGGGUCCCGACUAGACCUGCAGACGGCCCCCUAUGCCUCCUCUGAGCUGUACAGCUCCUCUCUCUCCAGACAGCCAGCCUCUCUGUACAAUGGCUACCAGUCCUACUCUGGGCUCCUCAGCCAGAUCUCCUACAAGCGGCAUCGUAGGAGCUCGCUGUAUGAGGACGGCCUGGGCAGUGCUUCCCGGCGGGUCAUUGGCUCCAGCUCUCGACCGUCAGACUACAGCAGCUACCGGGGGUCCAACUCCAGAGCCUCGUCCCGGGCCAGCUCGGCCCGCGCCAGCCCAGUGGACAACCACAGCUCUGUGGCCGGCUUCUUGCGGAGCGCGAGCAGCAGCGUUCUCUCAAAGGACCUGGAUGACGUCACUAUCCCUGAUUUCUCAGAUGUGGAGGACAGAGAUUAUAUCGAGAAGGGAUCCCGGGCAGCCUCUGCCUUAACCGCUGGGACCCUCACCGCGUUGGGGGGCACCUCCUCCCGGAGAGGAAGUGGCGAGACGGCCAUCACCGUAGAUAACGAGACGUCCAUACGAGAGAUCAAGGAGAUCCAUGAGCUGAAGGAUCAGAUUCAAGAUGUGGAAUCAAAGUACAUGCAGAACCUCAAGGAAGUUAAGGACGCCUUGGUGGAGGUGGGUGAGAAGUACCGCAAGGCCAUGGUGUCCAACGCCCAGCUGGACAACGAGAAGAGCAACCUGCUGUACCAGGUGGACACGCUGAAGGACUCGCUCACCGAGCUGGAGGAGCUGCUGGCCGAGGCGCGCCGCGAGUACGAGGAGAAGAACAAGGACCACGAGCGGGAGAAGCACGCACACAGCAUCCUGCAGUUCCAGUUCAACGAGGUGAAGGAGACCCUGAAGCAGAGCGAGGAGCUGCUCAACGAUAUCCGCCAGCUGCGCUUGAAGCAGGAUGGUUUCAUCCGAGAAAUAUCGGACCUCCAGGAAACUGUUGAGUGGAAGGAUAAAAAGAUUGGGGCCUUAGAGCGACAGAAAACAUAUACGGACGCGAUCCGAGUGGAACGUGAUGAGUUGAGAGAUGAGGUGGUUCAGCUGAAAGACAUUCUCAAGAAACAUGGCAUCGUUCUGGGACCGGAUCUGAACAUCAACGGGGGUAUUGUUGAGCCAGGAACCGAUGGAUCAUCGGAACCCGGGUCCCCACUGGGUCCAGACCACAUGGCCUCCCCCACAGAGGGCAACAGCAGCAUGCUAGGCAGCGCACUGGAGUCUGAGUUGAGGACUAAACAAGAUGAAGAGGUGGAUUCAGAAGAACCGCAAGAUCGACAAAAACUUGAGGAAGCAGGAGACCGCUGUUUGACCUCUGCUGAAGCCCCUAGUCUUGCUAGUGUUUCCUCCACAGAGACUUCUAGAGACCCCGACUCCACGUGCUGGCCCAAAGUGGAGGACCGUCCAGGAGAAAGUGCCCCUUGCCCAGAGUUAGAUUUAGAAAGUGCCAGUGUAAUCAGAAAUAUACAAACUAGUGCUACAGAGAUGAAGGGGGUCAUAACAGAACAGGAGGAGAUGGUUGAAGAAGGUGCAUUGAGCCAUCGUUUAGAUUUAAUCACAAACAUCGUUAAUAAAGAGGAUUGCAGCGCAGAGUUGAAUGGGGUCAUAUCAGCGCAGGGUGCUGAGCUGGCUGUGAGUGGGGCAGACACAGUGGAAGAGGCUUUGCUCCAGACAAGUACAGAAGGCAUGGAAAACAACCAAAUGAUAACCAAUCUUUCUGAAACCAUUGUGGCUGAGGUCAUGAGGGCCAUUUUAGAAACUCCCAGUAAGGAUUUGCAUGAAGACCAAGCAACUACCAGGGAUAAUAUCCAAUCGCAAAGGAGCAAAGAGGGCCAAUCACCACAGAAAGAUGGAAAUGAAGUGAACCACAUCAAAGAGUCCGUCGGACCAAUCGCCAUGUCCCCUGAUGAGUCAUGCCCAGUCGGACCAAUCACCGCGUCCCCUGUUGAGUCAUCCACCAUCGGACCAAUCAGCAUGUCCCCUGACGAGUCAUCCACAAUAGGACCAAUCAGCAUGCCCCCUGAUGAGUCAUCCACCAUCGGACCAAUCACCGCGUCCCCUGAUGAGUCAUCCACCAUCGGACCAAUCGCCAUGUCUCCUGAUGAGUCAUGCCCGGUCAGACCAAUCGCCAUGUCUCCUGAUGAGUCAUGCCCGGUCGGAACAGUCGCCAUGUCUCAAUCUGAGCCUGGGAACAUUGAGGACAUUGAGAAUGAGGAAUUAGAGAAUGAGGAACUGUCCAACAAACUGCAGACCAAGGGAGCCGGAGGCAAGAAGAAGAAAAAGAAGAGGAAAGGCAAAAAGAAGAAAGCAGGACUUCAGGAGGAGGAGAAGAAGCAAAGUGAGGAGGAUGUAAAUGAAGGAACCACACCAGAGAAUGAGAAAGAAAACAACAAAAAAAAGUUGAGUAGAAAAGAUGAUGGAUCUGAGAUUCUCAGUUCCAGCCCUCUCCAAGUCCUUAAAGGAUCUCAAAUGGAUCCACCACAGGAGAACCAAGAUACAGAUAGUGUUUUGGAACCUGGGAUUGUGGUUGCUCAGGUGAGAAGCUCUGUUUCCAACGCAGAGUCCAAUCUGGACGUGUCCGAUCCUGACACUGUUCACCCACCCUGUUUAGCUAGUCCUAGUCAGGAGAGUGUGCUCCCAGAAAAGGCAGUUGCCUCACAAUUCAAGCCAGAGGUUGCUGCUACUGCAGCAACAGAUGAAACUGGUCCCGUAAAUGAGUUUAUCUCACAUCAUACAACUCCCAACCCUAUAGAGAGCUUUGCAGCCCCAGAUAUGAACAACUAUGGUAAGAAAACUGAAUCAACCAGGUUUAAUGUAGCCAUUGAUUCAUUACAUGCAGCAAAUGAAUCCCCACGUGAGGAUGAGGUGGAACAGUCCAACACCAGCUCCCUUCCAGUGUGUCUGGAGAGCACAUCCAGCCCUCAGGAGCCAUUGGAGACAACUCUAUCCACAGAUCAGGUCACUUUAGGUAACGAUGGGGGGGAUGUGCAUGUCAAGUGUGAGACACCUCUCGGAGAUACUUUUCAGAUAGAGGACUCAGGAGAGCAGAAGGCAGGGAUGGAAGAGGAACAAACCUCCCCUUCUUGUCGUCUACUCGGGGCUGUGGCUCAUUGUGAUGAGCCAGAAAUUGAUGAGUUGGAAAACAUGCUUAAAGUAGAGGGAACUUUAGUCCAAACUGACAACUCUGAAGGAAUAUCCGACAGUGUGUUAGCAGAGGAAACCUUCACUGAGAUUACCAAUGAUAUAUCUAAUCUUCCGAAAGAAGGAACCGUUUUGAAUUCAUCAGUGUUUGAGGAUAAUGUAGAAGGGACAAAUCUUGCCGUCGUCAUUUCUAGUGAAGCAGAAAGAUUAAUUGAGAUCACAGAUGGAGUUGCAAAGAGGAUUUCCUCUCCUGAUCAGAAACAACAUGAUUUAGGAUUGGACAUCUCAGAGGAGCUAGAACAUGAUUCUGGCCAUGUUCCGAAAUUAGAUACGCCUUCAUUUCCUAUGGAAGGCCAGGAGAAUGAAGUGAGUCAAAUCGAGGAACUGAAGAACCAGUCAGAGGAAUUAGCUGAGGUUCAUUCAGUUCAGGAUGAGAAACACAAUGAUAGAGCAUCAGCAAUCACAGAGGAGCCAGAACCUGAACCUGACCAGAGCCAUGUUCAGGAGCUUGAGACGCCUUCAAAUCCGGUUGAAGACCAGGAGAAUAAAGAGCUGGAAACAGAAUCACACCAAGUAAUUCGACUGGACAGUGAUUAUCUUAAUGAUGAGGAUGAAAAUGAUGAAGGACAUUCAUUUGACUUUGACGAAAUGGAUUUAGAGGCUUCGUUAUCCGUUACUUUGACACCAACAAACAAGACACCUGAGAAAGUGACAAGGCUUAUGCCACAAGAUGCAAACAGUGAUGUCUCUGAGCUUGGCCAAUGCGAGGCCUUCCAGAUGAGCGUCCAGAAGGGGUCGGAGCUGCGUCCUGAAGGGGAACCCCUGGAGACCCCCAAACAGACAGAGAAGGCUGAAGGCAUUGCAGGGGGUCCAUUAGGUCACAAAGAUUCCACUUCAUCUCAAGAACCUCAAACCACAACAGGAGAACAAAAUGAGUCCCAAACAGCAGAGGUGGAGAUUGACCAGCUGCUGCGAAGCGUAGCGGAGGAUGUGGGAGGAGUGCAGGAGCAGAGCCACACUUUAGUGGAGGAGGGAGUGGAGCAGCUUGGUGGUUCAGGAGACGUAGAGUUUCAGAUGGGAAGAGAGGCUUUGGGUUCAUCCAUAGCUGGAGGACAUGAAGUCGUCAAAGAUGUGCUGCUUGGCGUUGGGAGUGCAGAGGGUCAGGUUAGCAGGCAAACAGACCCAUGUCCCCCAAAGAUAGAGUCUAAAAACAGCCAGAAAGCAAAGGGAAAGGGCAAGGGGAAGGCCAAAGAGGACUGUAAGAUGUCUUAGUUUUUGUAGUUGUUUACAAAACUUGUAUACAAAGUAUCUUGUCACUUUCCACCAUUCAAUAGUGAACACAAAAGGGACCAAAAAACAGAGGAAUUUACAGGAAUAUUAUUCAAAGAUGUAGUUACAUUUGAGACUUUGAAUGUAUUCAAGAACAUGCUAUUUAUUCAGAUAUGCAUCCACCGACUAGCAGUCUAAAAUCGUUUAUUUUCUUGCACUAUGUUGUUUUUCUGUAUUAGUUGUAGAACUUCACUGAAAUGAGAUACCUUUUGUUUAGUCACUUGCCUCAUGCCUUACAUGACGAUUCAAGGCACAUGCCUUGGUAAAAGUCAUUCAUAGAUAUUUCAUAACUAUUAAGAUAAUGCUUUCAGUGUUUUUUGGUCUGUUGCCUAACUGUUACUUUUGAGCAAAUUAACUGUCAAACCAAUUUCAGCCUUUCAAUAAAAAAGUUUUUUGUA